AUGAAACUAUUCGAGUUGAUUUUACUUUCCAACACUCUUCUAGCGUUUUCAUCCACACAAAAGAACAGCACUAUUGAAAUAUGCACAGAUAUGAAUUUUAAGUACAUGAUUGAUGGUAAAAUUUGUUCUGAAGCAUGCCCUUCUCAAUUUAUUGAAGAAUCUUCACCUUUUGCCAAAUGCAAUCUGCCAGUAUCACCCAAGUUAUUUGAGCUUAAUUUUUGGAAAGCUCAAGAUUUAUCAGCUUCUUUUAUUCAAAGCUCAAGUAACUAUACAGAUAAAUGAGUGAACCCUCUUGGAGUUCCUUAUAGUAGUUUAACAAAAAACUCUCCACUACCUACUUUAGACCGUGGAUUUUAUUUUGAGCCUUCCUCAUCAAUAAUGAGCAAUAAAAGCUACAUCCCAUCACUUUAUUUCACUUUGAACUUUUGAAUCCAUCAAAUCUCCCCAGGGAUUCUUAUAAUUGUAGAUAUAAACUCAAAAAAUUAUAUUGAGUGCAUAUUAGACAGUGGAAUUUCUUUUAAGAUUAUUUCUAAAAAUUCAGGGAAUUACAAUGAAUCUCAUUUAUCAAUCAAGCAUUCAAAUACCUUAUCCCUAUGAAACUAUUUGUCAUUUCAAAUUGAACAAAUUGCAUGUGAUUCAGUUAAGCUACAAAUUUUUACGAAAAUGAGUAGCAUGAUAAGCCAACUUUUUUUUGGACAAGAAGCAAAUUUUCCAAAUGGUAAUUAUACCUGAACAAUAGGAAAUCAAGGGAAUUCUUUUCAAGGAUUUUUGUAUUGAGCUGAAGCAAGAAAUGAUUUAACCUUAAACUAUUGGGAGAUGAGCACUCAAAUACAAUGUCUUAAUCUUCAAUACUGGGAUGGUAACCAAUGCCAAGACUGUGAUUUAAGCUGCUCACAAAAAUGACCAUGAUGCAUUCGCAGAAACUGUUCCUCUAUAUGCCAUUCAAUAGAUUGUCUAGUAUGCACUGGAUAUGCUUCUGAUAUGUGUAUGGAACAUAAAAUACGAUCAUUACCUAGUUGUGACUGAUUAGCUGAUACUUGUGACUCAACCUGAUACAGCAACUCAUGCAAAGUUGGAUAUUAUUUUAUUAAUGGAAUCUGUCUAUAUGGGUGCCCAUAUGGUUUUGGCAAUUGUGCUCCAGUAGCUACACCUGUUAUUACAGCUGAUUUUACAGGUGAGUUUAAGGGGAUUUAUGACGAUAUUUUAGUAACUGCUGCAAGUGAUUCUCACUAUUAUUUUUGAAAUGAUCGAGAAACUUAUGAUCCAAUUCCAGUAAAGAAUAGAGGACUUUAUUUUACUAAUAAUUACUAUUUAGAAGCAAAAAUCAAUUUUUCAUAUGAGUUUACAAUUGAAAUAUGGAUAUAUAUCUAUUCUGGAGCCUAUUUGCAAUUUAAGAAAGAGAAUAGUGUUUUUUUUAGUACUGACGCUAGAUCAUUUAAUAUUGAAAUGGAAGAUAAUACAGGCAGUACUUUUCCAAGUCCUACUUUAUCUUGAACAGGAGGUCCAAAUUCUCUGCAGUGAUAUUAUUUGUGUUUUUCGAUGGCAUUUGAUAAAGAUAGCGGAGUUUCUACAUUUGCAUGGCUUCAAGAUCUUUCCGCCGAUGAUAGCUACCUUUUUGCGAGCAAUAUUAUUUUUAGACCGCCAGAAGGAGGAUCGCUUUUUCUAGGCUCUUCAGACUUUAAUGGCUUUAUAAGUUUUUUUCAACUUUGGCAAGUCGCUAGUUCCAGUUUUUGAAGGGAGAGAUUUCAUCAUUGUGAUUCAGGAGAGGAUCUUGAUUGUCUUUGAGAUUGUAAUGUAAAUCAAUAUUGGGAUGGGACUGGAUGCUAUGGGUGUCCACCUUGUGAACGCAUGCAGGGCUGCGUGAGAGACUCAUGCAAUAUUUGUGAUAGUGAAUUAUGCUUAAAGUGCUCUUCAUUUUCGCCCAAUUCUUGCACUUUAUGUGUUGCCAAUCGGUCAGGUAGUUCAUGCACAUGUGAUAGUGGAUUUUAUGAGCCUCCUGGGCAAACUAUUUGUUCGCCUUGCUAUGAAGGAUGCUCUGCCUGCUCAGGAUCAUUUUAUUAUCAAUGCACAUCUUGCAAACCUGGCUAUUAUUAUUUCUCUGCAGCCAAAACUUGCUUAUCUGACUGUCCUUUAGGAUAUGCAAAGUUAUCAAACGAAUGUUUAUUGACAACUCAGCUCUUUUUUAGUUUGAAUUUAAAUACAUUGAAUGGAGUUGUCUAUGAUUCAGCGAGUUCAAUUCCAGUAGUAACGGGGUUAUCUGAGCAAUUUUAUCCAGAUUACGAAGAGGAUGAUCCAAUAGGCGCUCAUUUGAGAGGCUUUUAUUUUAAUGGAAUAUCUUCAGUUAUGAGGCUGCCAGAAUAUAAAACAUAUAUAUCACCUAAGCUCAAAAUUGGUCCAGUUUUUACUAUUUCUAUAUGAUUAAAUAUUGAGAAUGAAAAUUCAGCUGUGAUCUCAAAAAAUGAUAUUUCCAAUAGCUAUUCAACUGUUUAUGCAGUCUAUUUAAUCAGCCGCAAGCCUGCUAUUCAGUUAUUGAUUAAUAAUUCCAUACUCCUAUAUAUGUGCCAAAAUUCACUUCUAACUUCCGAAUGAAGCCAUAUAGUAUUUCAAGUAAAUAUAGAUAUGAAUUGAAACACGGUUGUGACAUGCUAUGCAAAUACAAAUCCAGAUCCUUUAUACACUCUUGGAUUUGGAUAUUUCCAAGAUAUAAAUUUUAAUGCAAUAUCUCUUAUAGGUGCUCAACAAAUAUCUCAAGAUAUAGUAGGGAACUUCUUUCAAGGAUUUUUAUAUGAAAUCAAAAUAUAUAAUGUUGUAUAUUCCGUUGCGUUACUAUCUCAAACAUCUUGCUCUGAAAAUUGUGGAGUUUGCCCUAUAAAUGGUUCAUGCAUACCCAAUUGUAAAAUAAAUAAAUUUUGGAAAGGACCUGAAUAUAAUAAAUGCUCAAAUUGUAAUUCGAACUGUAAAAAUGGCUGUAAAGACAGUCAAACAUCUUGCUCAGUUUGCUAUAGUUCCCUAUGCGAUAAAUGUAUUAAUUAUUCUGCUACUGGGUGCAAAACUUGCAAAUCAAAUGCUUCUCUUGAAAAUAGCUCUUGCAUUUGCAGCAUAGGCUAUGUGCUUGAUAAUUCUAACUCUUGCAUCUCAGUUCCUGCUGGAGGAUAUCGAGGUUCAGAUGAUCUCCUUUAUCCUUGCCCAAACUUAUGUUCAACUUGCGAAUCAUCUCUGGUAUGCAGUUCCUGCGUAAAUCACGCAAGCGUAAUUAAUAAUUUAUGUAGCUGCAAUGAUGGAUACAACGGAGCGACAACAUGCACCUAUGUGCCAUUUUCUGUGAGUCUUAUAGUUUUCUCUAAUGAUUCUUUAGCACUUCAUUUUUCAGAUCAUUUACAAAACACACUUUCUAUUAAUGACGCUACGAUAUCAAUUGAGACCAAUCCAAAGUUCACAUGGAAUCUUGAGAAAAUUAAUGAAACAUAUUAUUAUAUUCCUAUGUCCAUUAAGGACGAAAUUCCCCAAGAUGCAGUCGCAAAUGUAACAUUUUUAGAUUUAUCGAAAGUAAAAUCAGUUUGAAAUGGGAUUCUGAAUUCUUCGACUGUCUGCUCACCGCUUAAUAAAUAUGAUCCAAAUCCUUAUAUUUUAGUAGUAUCAGAGAUUGCUUCAAAUAUCGUCACAAUUGUGCAAAGCACUGUAAUCGGAAGUAUAAUACUGUCAAUUUUAAAUCAAAAUCCAAGCUCUUUAUGAGGCUUGCUGAACUGUUUACAAAUUCUUACUUAUUUAUCACUAUCAGGGAUUGAUUUUUCCAAUAAAAUGAUUCAAUUUUUAUCAAGUUUAAACUCAUAUAAUUUUUUCCCUAAUUUUUUUGAAUAUUUAAUUGAAGAGCAAGAAGGAAGCAAAGCUUAUAAAGAAGCUAGAAAUUUUGGAUAUAACACUGAUUUAAUUCUAUUAAACCAAGGCGAUGACUUUUCUAUUGUAAUUGCAUCAAUAGUUUUAUUGCCAUUUAUUAUAUAUUUUACUGGGUGCUCUUAUAGAUUUGUUGGUAAAAAAUUCAAAAAAAUCCUUAAAGCAUGUAAAUACUCAUUUUAUAUAAGAUUCUGAAUACAAAGCUAUCUUGAACUCACUGCAGCUGCAGGUGUAGGCUUAGUAGUGUGAAGAAGCGACAAUGCAGCACAAAUAACAAAUAUCUUUGUUUGCGUUUUAUUAUAUUUUUUAUCCAUGUUAACUUCUCCUGCAUUUUUAAUAUUUUCUUAUUGAAAUAGAGAUAAAAUCCAGAAAAAGAAAAGAAUUUUUAAUUCAUUAUUCAGUUCGUUUUUUUAUGAAUUUAGAACUGAAAAAGGUUUGCUUUGCUCUCUUUAUUAUUUUGUAUAUUUUCUAAGAAGAUUUAUAUAUAUAACAAAUAUAGUGUUUUUGAGUGACUAUCCGAAGACUCAAGUUAACCUUAAUAUUAUAUGCUCUCUUAUGAGCAUAUUUUAUUUACUUGCUUAUUGGCCUUUUAAAGAUCGAAUUUUACAAAUUUCCAAUUUGCUUAGUGAAGUACUUAUCGGCCUUGUUAUGUGCGCUACUUCAUUUUAUUUAUUUGAUGUAAGUUCAGGUAUUAUAUCUGUUGUGGAAAAUAGCAUUAUUUUUAUUUCAUUAACAGUCAUAGGAACACAAUUUUCUGCAUCUGCCGUUAUUUUUUCAAGAAAUGUUUAUGAAAUAUUAAGGCACAAAUUCGCUGAGCAUAGAAAUAAAAAAGUCUGCGUUCUCCCUAUUAAAGGAGUCUAA